GAAUACUUAGUUUUCAAACGAUGGGCUUGCAUACAUUGGUUGUGCUGACAUUACUCGGCUUCGGCCUUUUAGGCCAACAUCUGACGGAGGCUAACUGCGAGGAUACCACCCAUGACUUUUGGAAAGAUGAGAGCCAAGUCGAUGAAGGCACUUGCAGUCGUCCGCUGGAAACUCCCCAGGAGGAAGAAGCUAUGGGUCCAAAAAUAGGCCUAAAUGGCGCUAAAGAAUCCUUUCCGGAACGGACUAAACAUGAAGUCCGGCCGCAGUCUUUUAUGGACACCCUUGUAAAACUGUUGGAAAAAGCCUUGGAUGGGCAAUACGAUUUUUUAGAGUGCAUCAGAUUCAAGAGAAGACUGAUCCAUUUAGCCAGUGCGCACUAG